AUGGUCGGCUGCUCGAUCGAAGAAUUCCUCAAUCACUACAUGCCCAAGUGCAACAAGAGGACCGUCAUAUCGGUCAUAGCAAACCUGAAGAAGGAGAACGUCCUCGUACCACGCGCAAAGUCGAAGAAGAAGAAGGCCACAGUAUCCUCGAGUGAAGACGGAAGAAAGGUAUAUUCCCAUGUCUUCAACAACUUCCGCCCGCCCGCCAUUAUCGAGGAGAGUACCGACGCCAACGACGCGGAGAAGCCCAACGAGAUAAUGGUUUUCGACUCUUUGGCGACAAUCGGUGCAUCGGUCAUUGAGAGCCUGCGCAAGGUGAAAGGUGCCACUGUCAAUGGUCAUUCCAUUCGCAUGUGCCCCCAUGCUCGUCUCAAGUCCCCCAUCGAAGGGUCGGAUCAUCGGAUUGACGCAGCGAUGACAAGAAACACGAAUUUGAACAAGCGACUUUCGAUCACCGACAUUGCAGUGCCCUUUGAAUUCAAACUAAAUCGUUCGCCGGGCGAGGUUUAUCAGAACCGCAUUCAGCUCGCGUCUCACGUCAACCACGCCAUGACCGAUGAUGCACGCCGAAAAUGGACCUACGGUAUUACCAUUGAGAACGAUCGAGUUUCUCUUUGGUAUUUCUCUCGCUCGCAUUCGGCCAAAUCCAGAUCCUUCAGUAUGGUCGAGCACCCCGACCUCUUUGUCCAGAUUCUGGUUUCGUUAUUUUGCGCCACCGACGAGCAACUCGGAUUUGACCCACUUGUCACGUUGGUGGGGGAUAAAGACUACGUCUACGAGUUCCCGCCCAGUGGCGAGAGGACGGAUAGCAGCUUCUAUCUCACCCUCGGUUCACUCUCCGAAUUUCGUGUUCUAAACCUGGUUGGGCGCAACACCCGCAUCUGGAAGGUUAUGCAAGUCGUCUCCGCGAAGGAUCAUAGUCGGGUCCCGGGUACGCACGACAUGAUACUCAAGGAUGUCUCCCUUUAUCGCAACACACCGACGGAGGGGGACAUCCAGAGAGAUCUAUUCCUUGACAUCGACACCUUUGGGAAAACGGAAUGGCGAAAGCACGAGUUGUUGAAGGACCUAUCUGAGGAAAGGAAGGCGGCUUUGGCACAGUUGCUGGAAGGCGACGGAAAGAUGUACAGGAACUAUUUCUCAUGCAUUAUCGACGAGCACGUUGGGAGCCCUAGCCUUCCUGUCGCAAGUCAGGCAUGGGAUGCCCCUGACACCUUCCAGAAUGUCGAGCCCUUGGAGGAGAAUGCUACUGAGACGAUUCGUAAAUACCAGGCCACAAAUGGUUUGGAUGACGAUGAUUAUGAAUUUGAAGACGACAUGUCAGACUGUGGAAGCAGUGUCGAAAGUACAGAUGGAGAUGAUCUUUCUCGGCCCUUCGAACCGAAACAACAGUGCAGAUUCAUCUACAAGAACGUAUGCACCCCACUUCACAACGUCCACACCAUGGGAGAGGCAGUUGAUAUCCUAGAGCAAUGUCUUUUGGCUCUUACCCUGAUGUUCUGCGCGGGAUGGGUUCACCGGGACAUCAGCACCGGAAACAUACUCGCCCAUCGUUCCUCGCCAGGUACACCAUGGCAGGUCAAGUUGUCCGAUCUCGAGUACGCCAAACGUUUUCCGGGCAACCCUACAGCAACUGCAAGUACGGAGGUCAAAACGGGAACCAUGUACUUCAUGGCUGUCGAGGUCCAAAGCUCACAGCUUAUCCUCACUGAUACUUCCGAGGCAAGCAACACAGUAAUCAUUCACAACCCCCAGCACGAUCUCGAAUCUCUAUGGUGGAUCUUGCUCUGGCUCGUGACAAUGCGAGUGAGGCAGAAUCUCCCCCGAGCGUUUGGAAAAGAGACAUUCCAACAGACCAUGUCUGGUGUUUAUAUCAAGGGGCGCAACCACUGUCUGUCGUAUUCCCUAACACAGGAGCAAGACCUGCUCCGCUCAUUGCCCCGACCUUUCCGGUCAACCAUCCUUGAAGGGCUCGAGAAGGUCCGAAAAGAUCUGAAGCGGGAGUACGUCAAUCGGAAUGCCACCAACAAGCAGACCAUAAUUGGUUCCUAUUCACGCAUUCUGGGAACAACCUUUCCGGACUUCUUCUCUGGAUUGCGUGCCAGGAGGGACGAAUGGGCGCCUGUCAAAUUGAUUGUGUCAAAGACAGUCCGCAAAGAAGAGCUAAAGCGCAAGGCCUCAAAGAUGGAAGGGACUAGCGACGAAGCAAAGAAGGCCUCUACUGUGGGUAAGAGCAGCGGCAAUGGCAGAGUGGAACCACGGAAAUAUGCCGCCUUACCGAAUGGGCACCUUGGUCAAAACGAGACCCUCCCCGGCGACGUGUCUAUGAGACCCGUAACUAGGUCGAUGACCAAGACUACCCCCAAUACGCCUCAGAAUGAUGAGAAGAGACCUUUUAAGCGAUCUCGCCAUUGCUGA